AUCAUGAAAAUUCUCUCCGAUGAUGAAGUCACUGAAUUUUUGAAUUCUAACCUUUCUAAAGAUUCAAUUUUGGAUACUUUCCAACCAACUCUUUUGGAUGCACUUCAAAAUUAUCAAAAGAAUCCAGAAUCUAUUCCGCCUAGAGUAGUGCAACAAUCAUUAAAAUCAGAUACCACACAUUUAUUCAUGCCAUGCGUAUCACCCGAGGAAGUCGGAAUCAAACUAAUUUCAGGGGGACCAUCAAAUACACAACGUGGACUUGGAUUUCAAGGUGCUAUACUUGUAUUAGAUGAAGAUUCAGGGGCAUUGAAAGGAGUUGUCAACGCCAAGACCAUCACUGCAUUCAGAACUGCAUUGGCCACGAGUUUGGCCAUGACAGCUGUAUUGGAUCCAAGAGAUACUGCACUUGCAUUAUUGCCCUCUAUUGCCGUUUUUGGGGUUGGUGCGCAAGCUUACUGGCAUAUUAAAUUAGCAUUGGCUCUCUAUAAUAAUGUAAAAAAUGUUAAAAUUAUUAAUCGAACUAUUGAGAAUGCAAACGAAUUAAAACAAAGAAUGUGCCAAGAAUUUUCCAAUAUCAAUUUUGAAACAUAUCUGUAUGAUCAAGUGAGAUCUGAAGAUAUUCAACAAUGCAGUAUUAUAUUUGGUUGCACUCCUUCAACGACCCCAGUCAUAAAAGAAAACUACAUCAAUACUGAUAAGAAAUAUAAAAAAUUCAUAGGUUUAAUUGGAUCUUAUAAACCUCAUAUGAUUGAAUUGGAUUUGAAUUUCAUUCUUAAAGAGUACAAAAAUCCGCCUAAUCGAACCAAAAUUAUAGUUGAUUCAAAGCAACAUGCAUUGCAUGAAGCAGGUGAGUUAAUUCAAAGUGGGAUCGAUGCAACUCAAUUAGUGGAGCUCACGGAAUUGAGUAAAGCUAAUUUGAAUGAUUUAACCACUGAAGACAAUAUCACAGUGCUGAAGAUCGUCGGACUUUCCAUAAUGGACAUCUCAAUGGCUAAAUUUGUCUUGAAAGAAUCUAAAAAUGGGGUCAAUAUUGAAGAAUUUUAA